AUGUUGGCUUUGCCCAUACUUCUCUCGCUGUGCGAGCUUGGCUCAGCAUUUCCAGCAGACCUUCAAGGACUGAUUCCACGAGAGUCCUCACCAUCCAAACGCCAAUUACCUAUCAUUGUGCCACCUUUCGAUGCCGAAUUGCAGCGUGUCGAGACGACGGGCAAAUACAAGUUCGUGCCACCUGGUAAAGGUGAUCAGAGAGGCCCAUGUCCAGCUCUGAACGCUCUGGCGAACCAUAAUUAUUUGCCCCAUUCAGGAAUUGCGACGAUACCUCAAUUUAUCGAAGCGACAGGCAAAGGCUUCGGCAUGUCAGUCGAUCUCUCGACGUUGCUGGCCAUAUAUGCAGCGAUUAUCGACGGGAGUCUGACCAAAUGGUCUAUUGGUGGGCCAGACUCGAGAGUACAGCUCCUCCCUGGACUGCUAGGCCAGCCGCAAGGUCUCACUGGAUCGCAUAACAAGUAUGAAGGCGACGGCAGCCCCACUCGUGGAGACUUGUAUACAUACGGGAAUUCGCACUUGCUACAAAUGAAGCAAUUUCAAGAGCUCUACAACCGUGGCAAAGCGAAGGACGACUACGACCUGGAGCUCCUCACAGACUAUCGAUGGGACCGCUUCCAAGAAGGCAUUGCGACCAAUCCAUACUUCUUUUACGGAGGCUUUGCUGGUUUCACAGCACAGCCUGCUGCCUGGGCAUUUGUCUAUCGCAUGAUGGGCAAUAAAUCAGCUGAACAUCCCAGAGGCAAGCUGAAUGGCGCAAUCCUCAAGUCCUUCUACUCCAUCACAGGCGAAGAUGGAAACUUCAAGUAUACACCUGGUCAUGAACGGAUUCCCGACAACUGGUACAAGCGUCAUCCCAUCGAUGCCUACUCGUCAGUAUACGUCCAGCAAGAUGCCACAUACAUGACUCUCAAGUAUCCGAGCCUGGCGAGCGUGGGAGGCAAUACUGGGAAAGUCAACACGUACUCUGGUGUCGAUCUCGGAAACCUAACGGGCGGAGUCAUUAAUUCUGCGAAUCUGCUCGAAGGCAACAAUGGUCCGUGCUUUCUAUUUCAACUCGUGAUACAGAUGCUUCCGGACGCGCUGGAGGGGUUGUUUGAUAACAUUAGCCCAGCCUUGGAUCUGCUCGGUCCAGCCACGAAACCCCUCGUCGACACUCUGGACUGUCCUCAGCUGGAUGCGCUCAACCGGAAUGGUAUUAGAGCUGCUCUCGCCAAAUACCCCGGCUAUACGAAGGCUUACAAUGGAUACAAAGGCUCCAAGAAGUCUUCCGCGCCACUUGGAGGGCUUUUGGGAAAGAUUCUAGGGUGA